UACUUUUGUGCCCACACUUCUGACACACUCGCCGGGACCCCACUCACCUGGCGUGCACCACUCUCACCGCCGAUAUAGGAGUCUAUAUGGCUAAUAAAUGAAAGUGAGAUGUGCCCAACGCUGGUUGACCUGCCGGGAGAAAACAACGGUGCUCAGUCUCGGAUCAUUCUCUGAGCGAAACACGAGUUAUUUGUCACGCGCGAUGCAGUCGAAUGCAGUUUUGGUGUUGAUCUUUUUGGCGGCCGCGGCGCAGGGUGAACAGGGACGACAGUUCCCAACAGGAUCAAUUGUUGACCCCCAACUGUACGACAGGCCCGAUUACAACGAGGGGCCUCUGGACAGGCCACCCGUCUACGGCGGACGACCACCCUUUGACAGACCGCCCUACUAUGGCGACGGCCCCUACGACGGUAGGCCACCUUUCGAAGGUGGAAACAGAGACCCUUACGAUGGCAGGCCACCUUACGAAGGAGGAAACAGGGAUCCCUACGACGAAAAUAGACAGGGUCCCUAUCAGACCAACAGGCCUUACCCAAGACCCUAUAGACCGACUCCUCCACCCCCGCCUCCAGGGUACCGACCUCAGUAUCCUCCACCUGGAUACAAUCAGCAGGGCGCAGCAGGAUUCGGCGGCGUGAACCCCAUGGCCAGUUUCACAAACGCCAUCGAUUCGAUCGCCAAGUACGACGACAAGCAGUGCGUGGCCCGCAUGCUUUGCGAACUUUCGGCUGGGGGCAGACCGGGUUCCGGCUACCGAGGCAGCGGAGGAGGGUUCUUUGACCUCAGCGGGCUUCAGGGACUCGCCGACUUGCUGGGCGCGAUGACGGCGUCUCCGGCCGCUUCACCGAUGUUCACGUUCGGCCGAGCCGCCCUCUUGGGUGCCACGAUGCGCGACCCUUACCGUUGCUACCGUUCGUUCCCCAACUGCCCUCGUGACCCUGACCGACUGGUUGACUACCUCAACAACCACAACGGUGGAUUCUUCAGGCUUUUCGAGCCACCAACCUCGACCGAAGGCUACUACCCCACCAAGAGGCCCUACUACAACAGGAAAGGGAAAAAAAUUACCGAUCAAUCCGAUCAGAAGGAGCAGCGCGAGUCCGAAGGAACAGAGAGCAACUCCGUGAACCCCCGCAUCAUCAACGACAACCCUUUGAUUGCUGACCGAACUGGCACUGGUGAUUUGCGCCUAGACAGGGAGCAGUUGGAAAGUCCAGCCUCAGGUGGCAAUAGCCCUCGAGGAGCCCGCAACCUCCGUUUCCCACCCGCGAACAAUAAUCCUGUAGACAGCAGACCAGACGCCAAACAAUUAACCUUCCCAAAGGAAUAGCUGCAGCGUAUUGAAUUUCGCACGAGUAGUGUCUUUAUUUUGCUAUAAAUUGUAAAUACGGUAAAUACCCUCAGUAUACAAGCAAUUUGUUGAACUACUGUUGUAAAAUAAAAGUAAUUUAUUGAUC